AAACCAAUAAAACAUUACACUAGACCUAAAUCUCUUUGGGAUUUAAAAGAAGAUUAUACAACAAAUUCUGGUUUAAAAUUGUAUUCAUGUGAAGCAUCAAAACGUACUGAGCAGUGCAUUGGUGUAUUAGAAAUGAAAAAUGAAGAAAAUAAGAUUAAAGAUUUAUCAAGCUCUAUUAAUGGUCAGCGUUUUGUUGCUAGUGGCACACAAGUUCCAGCAAAUAAUUAUACUAAAAUGAAUGAAGAUCAAUUAAAAACUUUACCUUAUUUUCAAAACUAUAAAAAAGGAAUCCCAUCAAAAGUAUUGUAUGUGAAAAAUAUUGCCAAAAGUGUUUGUGAAAAACAUUUGAUAUCUGUAUUUGGAAAGUACAAUAAGUUGCAAAAUUCAGACAUAGUUUAUAGAUAUAUGAAGAAAGGAAAAAUGAAGGGACAAGCUUUUAUUGAAUUUGAAAACAUUGAAGUGGCAGAGAAAGCAUUAGAAGAAAACCUUGGACUUAUACUUGAAGAAAAGCCAUUAAUUAUUCAGUUUGGAUAUAAAUGAUAAUUGUUAAUAAUUUAAGUUUGAUUAAAAUAUAUUUACAUUUGCAAGUUCAAGUUCAUUUUUAAAAUAUUUGUCAGAUAUCAUUGUCCAAGAUACACACAUAAGUGGUGCCACCUUUUCUUUACCAACACGGCAACACGAGACGUGAGCUUAAGAAAUAAUGUGACGUAUCCUGUGUAUCAAGUGCAUGUUCUAUCAUUGUGUAAGCAUCAUACCUAACUUCCUGAUUUCAUAGUUGUUAUUUUUUUUUUUACCAAAAUUCUAUAUCAUACCUCGUGUUACUUAUAAUUAUGAUUUAUGUUCAUAAAUGCAUCUUUACCUAUUUCYUGUAUGAUUUCAUAGUUAUGCAGUACCAAUAAUC